UUUAAGGGUAGAAUUUGCUUCAGUUUGCUUAAAACUAUCGUAACUUUAUUAUAUUGAAGCCUUGCUUUAUUGUCCUUAAUUUGUAAAAGAUGAGUACAGAUAAGCUGAUGAACGGUGACCUGACGCUUGGCAGGCCCGUGUAUGCCGACCGGAGGUCCCGUGUGCGCCCGGCGGGGCUCCAGGCAAUCGGCGCCGCGGCCGUCGUGCUGGUCGUCUCGGCGAUGAUGGCGGUGCUGCUGUUGCAGAACUGGCAACUCAAGCAGCUGCUGUCUGCGAACGACGACAGGAUCGUGUCUCUCCAAGAGCACAACAACCAAAUCCUAGAUCGUAUCGCUACGCUGGAGGUUCUGACCAAAGAGAAGUUCUGGGAAGACAACAGUCAUCAUGUGGAGAAAACUGAGUCGGCGGAUGGUGCCUUCAGCCCCGAUACUCAAUCUGAUCCCGGCAUGCACCACAGGGAGAAGAGAGCUGCGAACAGCCUGACAAUGCCGUUUGGAGGCUGUCUUCAGGGGCCUCCCGGCAGAGACGGACCGGCAGGAACGAACGGGCAGCCCGGUAGAGACGGGCGCGAUGGAGCGGUUGGACCUCCCGGACCGCCCGGCCCCCCCGAAAUUCCUGUUCCGACUCCUGACCCACCGAAAAUGAAAGAUUGUGACGACGUCUACAAGGCAGGCCACACCACCAGCGGUCUCUACACCAUCCAGCCAGACGCCGCCGGAGCCUCGUUCCGGGUCUACUGUGAGAUGGAAGCCGGAGUCGGCGGCUGGACUGUCCUCCAGAAGCGCUUCGACGGUUCUGUAGAUUUUGCUAAUGACUGGGUAACUUACAAAAAUGGGUUUGGGGCUCUUGUCGGCGAGUUUUGGCUCGGAAACGACAAGAUCUAUCAAAUCUCUAACGAGAAGGUAUACCUUCUGCGCAUUGAUCUCGAGAAUUGGUCCUCGGGAACGGUAUACGCUGAAUAUGAUAGGUUCUAUAUCGAGGAUGAAGCAGCAAAGUACCGUCUGCAUGUUGGUGCCUAUAGCGGCACUGCUGGGGAUGGUGGGGAAGGGUUAAGCUAUCAUGAUGGUCACAGAUUCUCAACACACGACCAGGAUAACGAUGAGGAAUCGGGCGGUAACUGCGCCAAUGGCCAUGGUGGUGGUUGGUGGUAUGGUGCUUGUGACACCGUAAACCUGAACCAGCCGUACAAGCAUGGCGGCGGGGGGAGUGAGUCACAUGGUAUAGAAUGGGUUCGGUGGGCAGCUCACAAGUUCUCCAUCAAGUCUUCUGUCAUGAAGAUCAGACCUGCUCCUUAGAAAUAACCUACCAAAAAACUAAACCCACGGCCUUACAUUUGCUUUCUUUGCUGAAAUAAAGAGUAAUACUGGAGCAAAUCUCUUAACAAUGCAAUGGUGACAAUCAACUUUUAUCUUUAUUCUGUCUGCAUAAUCCCUUUCACGAUGGGAAAAAAACUUCAAUCCUGCGCAUAUUUUGGUAAUUCAUCUGAUAUAACGUGAAUUUUGUGGAAAUAUUAUGUAAUGCAUGUACACAGGGAGCAUUAUAAACGUGGCAUAAAGCGUACGUAGUCGAACUUCAUGAGCAUAAAAAGUUUCUUGCGCGUCCCCUCCAACCACACCACACCACACACACACACAGACAUACACACACACACAUACACACACACACGCGCUCACACACACAAA